CACUAGUGCUUAUUGUACCCCACAUUUGCAUCCUCAAUAGUGACCGUCUCCCUCAAUAAAUACCCUGGUAGAGGGGCGUGUGUCCUCCAUACUUCGCCAUACCUUUCCUCCACUAAUUUCCUUUUGCAUUUUCCGAAUUAACAGCUCUCUUGACGUUUUCUCAUGGAGACUACCACCAAUGGAACAUCUUUCAGUAACCAGAAGUUCACAUCCCCUGCAGUGAGUGAUGUCGAGCAACAACAAGCAACCAUGGAACUCGAACCUACUACCGACUUCAACUACUCAAAACGAUCGCAAUGGCUACGAGCCGCCAUUCUAGGCGCAAACGACGGGCUUGUCUCCACCGCAUCGCUCAUGAUGGGUGUUGGCGCAGUAAAGCAAGACAUUAAAGCCAUGAUAUUAACCGGUUUUGCUGGUUUAGUUGCAGGGGCAUGCAGCAUGGCCAUAGGUGAAUUUGUCUCGGUGUAUUCGCAGUUGGAUAUAGAAUUGGCCCAGAUGAAAAGAGAUAAGCAACGAGAUGAAAAUAGACAAACGUCAGACGAAGAAGAAGAAAAGGGAAAAGAAGGUGAAAAGGAGUCAUUACCGAACCCUUUACAGGCAUCGGCAGCUUCAGCCCUAGCAUUCUCGGUGGGCGCAAUGGUUCCAUUGCUGGCCGCAUCGUUCAUAAAGGAGUAUAAUGUGAGGGUAGGUGCAGUGAUUGGUGCAGUGAGCUUGGCUUUGCUGGUUUUCGGAUGGUUGGGAGCCAUGUUAGGGAAAGCACCGACUGUGAGGUCUGCGGUUCGGGUCUUGAUUGGAGGGUGGCUAGCCAUGGCUAUAACCUUUGGGUUAACCAAGUUGAUUGGAUCAAGUGGGCUCUGAGCUUCCUUUUUCAGCUUAGCCCUUUUGGCUAAUCUGAGUCAUGGAACUGUAACCAUGUUUUUGUCUGAUAUU